CCAUCUUUCUGCAUUGACUUUUCACGAUGCCGCCUAAGAAGGACGCGAAGUCUUCGGCCAAGCAGCCGCAAAAGACACAAAAGAAGAAGGAGGGAUCCGGCGGCGGCAAGGCCAAGAAGAAGAAGUGGUCCAAGGGAAAAGUCAGGGACAAGCUGAACAACCAGGUGCUGUUCGACAAGGCCACCUACGAGAAGCUGUACAAGGAAGUGCCCGCCUACAAGCUGAUCACCCCAUCGGUGGUCUCCGAGCGUCUGAAGAUCCGCGGCUCCCUGGCCAAGCGUGCUCUCAUCGAGCUGCGCGAGAAGGGUCUGAUCAAGCAGGUCGUGCAGCAUCAUUCCCAGGUCAUCUACACACGUGCCACCAAGGGUGAUGAGGCGUAAAUGAAUGUUUUACCUUUUGCCCAUCUCGCAUCGCCGUAGUCGCACUCGCCUUACAAUAGAACUCUGUAUCGAUAGCACUACGAUGCCGCUGUGUGUGUAACGUUGAAUAAACUUGCUUUCUUAUUGAUAGGGAUGUAUCACUGAGCGCUGGUUUCAAGAUGUCGAGCCGGAGUUAUACGGCUGGGAAUGUAAAAUAUCAUAUAGCCCAAAAACUAUUGUUCUUACAAAUCGAACAGCUGACGUGCAAUAUAUUUGCAAAUCAGGAUAUCAAGAAUUCUUAUAAUAGCAAUUAUUAUUCAUUGCAAUGUGCGUUUAAUCAAAAAUACUUCUAAGAAAGUGAACAUUUCAUUAAUGUCUUUCAAGUUUGUUAUCAAUGAGGAACUAUUUUUAAAACAGCCGCUGAAAUGUAUUUUUUAGUUGAAUUUAGCACUUUGAAUGGUUAUCAUUUGAAUACAAACAGUAAAAUCAUG